CAGUCUGGUGGAGAAUUAAAAACAAAACAAAAACAAAUCUUAGCCCUUUUAGAGAGAGAGACUGAAGAGAGAGAGUACUCACCAGUUGUUGCGGCUCGAAGGGAACGAGAUUGAGAUCCAUACGCGGAGGGAGAGAGAUUACGGAGAUGGGAUCUCGGCUUCUUGAGUGUUGCUUCACCUUCGUCUUGUGCUGUCAGUCCGGGAACAGCAACUGCUUUCCCUGAUCAUUUUCUCGGCGUCCAAACUUGGGGGUUCAUUUUCUGUCCUUCUUGCGUCCAAUUCACUCGUUCUCAGGACUUUGAAAUCCUGAGGUUUUAGCAUAUUGCGUUUGGUUGUCAUCUAGUGCCUUAAUCAAGGUUUUUUUAGAAGAAACCAAAUGGGUUCAAGAUAUACAUCUCACCAGCUCAGCAACGGGCUUUAUGUUUCUGGCCGGCCGGAGCAGCCCAAAGAAAGGACUCCGACAAUGAGUUCAGUAGCCAUGCCCUACACGGGUGGUGAUAUCAAGAAAUCGGGGGAAUUGGGGAAGAUGUUUGAUAUUCCAACAGAUGGAACUAAGUCAAGGAAGUCUGGCCCCAUACCUGGUGCUCCCUCAAGGACUGGCUCAUUUACAGGAGCUACACAAUCAGGUUCCAACCUGCCUAAUGCCACUGGCCGUAUGUCUGGCUCGUUAGGUUCUGCUGGGUCAGCUUCAAUGAAGAAAACGAACUCUGGACCUUUAUCUAAACAUGGGGAGCCUUUAAAGAAAUCAUCUGGCCCACAAUCUGGUGGUGUAACACGGCAAAAUUCUGGUCCUAUACCUGUACUUCCAGCUACAGGUCUCAUAACAUCUGGGCCCAUUACAUCUGGUCCUCUGAAUGCCUCUGGGGCACCUAGGAAGGUGUCUGGUCCUUUAGAUUCUUCUGGCUCAAUGAAGGCACAUAUGUCUUCUGUUGUCCACAACCAGGCGGUAACGACCCUUGGCCCAGAAGAUGACUUUUCGUGUAUGGAGAGCUUCCCAAAGCCCGUGCUGUGGUUGGUUGUUCUUAUAUUUGUGAUGGGGUUCCUUGCUGGUGGCUUUAUUCUUGGAGCAGUCCACAAUCCAAUUCUCCUCAUUGUCGUCGCUGUAUUGUUCACGGUAGUUGCUGCACUGUUCAUUUGGAAUAUUUGUCGGGGGACAAAUGGUAUCACAGAUUUCAUUGCUCAUUAUCCUGAUGCGGAUCUUAGAACUGCCAAAAACGGUCAAUACGUUAAGGUCACUGGGGUGGUUACCUGUGGUAAUGUGCCACUUGAGUCAUCCUUCCAUAGAGUUCUGAGGUGUGUGUACACUUCCACAUGUCUGUAUGAGUACCAUGGAUGGGGUUCAAAACCGGCUAAUUCUUCUCAUCGCCGCUUCACCUGGGGACCGAUAUCAGCUGAGAGACAUGUCGUGGACUUCUACAUCUCUGAUUUCCAAUCCGGGCUCAGAGCGUUGGUCAAAACUGGGAAUGGUGCCAAGGUUACUCCCCUUGUCGAUGAUUCUGUUGUCAUCGACUUUAAGCCCGGAAGUGAACAAUCGUCCCCUGACUUUGUUAGGUGGUUGGGCCAGAAGAAUCUGUCUAGUGACGAUCGAAUCAUGCGGCUUCAAGAAGGGUAUAUCAAAGAAGGAAGCACGGUGAGCGUGAUGGGAGUAGUGCAGAGGAAUGAUAACGUGCUAAUGAUAGUCCCACCGGCUGAGCCACUUGCGGCCGGUUGGCAAUGGAGGAACUGCACUUUCCCAGUCAGCCUCGACGGCGUUGUGUUGAGAUGUGAAGACUCUUCGAACGUUGAUGUCAUUCCCGUGUAAGUAACCCUCGCUACCAAGCAGCCUGAUGAAAACCAUCAUCACUCUUCUCGCUCGGGGUUUCAUUACAGUUUUUCAGGAAUCUGGGGAUGGGGGAAGGUGUGGGUUUCGCUUUGAUCUUCUGAUUCGUUUCGUUUGGUGAUACGGGAUUUUGUUUUUCUGAGUUAUUAUUAAGGGUAGGAUGAUGAUGGUGAUGGUGAUAGUCAUCCUCUUCGUGCCAUAACGUCUUUUUCUUUGCCUUUUGGUUUUGUAUAGAGCUCUCUCCAAGUUGAGGGCAUUCUUCUUUCUCUCUCUUUUUCCUGCAACAGAACACAGAACCUCUGUGUCUUCUCCUCCAGGGUGUGUUUUCUUGUUUAUUCUUUUUUUUUUUUUUUUAAAUGAAACGGAACACACACUUUGUUCUUUUGAACCAUGUUUGUUGAGCUUUGCUCGUUAUCAUGUGUUUUUCUUGAUGCCUU